AUGAUGGAGAUCAUGAAGUGGGUGUAUAUUCUGGUGACGCCCGGGAUCUUCGUGUCGGUCCUAUCGAGGGUAUCAAGCGCCAUCCUGCUCACCCGGAUCUUUGGCCGAGAGGUGUGGUUCAAAAGAUUCGUGAUCGGCUUCACGGCGCUACAGAUCUUGUGUGGCAUCUUGCUCAUCUUGUUUGUCUGGUUGCAAGUCAGCCCUGUCGAAGGACUGUGGGAUAUGACGCUGCCGGCGCGGCGGUGGGAUCCUGCCGUCAAGCAGGACAUGGCAUUUCUCACGCAGUCACUGUUCACCUUUUCCGACCUCACGUUCGUGCUGCUGCCGACCGUCAUCAUUUGGAGGCUGAAUAUGCCCCUGUGUCAGAAGAUCAGCCUGGUACUUCUCAUGGCCGCAUCACUCUUCACCAUGGCUGCCUCCAUUGUCAAGACCAUCAUCACACAGACUUCUGAGGCGGCAGCAUCCCAACACCAAGCCUCCAUCGCCACGAUGUGGACCGCUGUGGAGCAAACCAUGGUCAUCAUAAUGUCCUGCGUGCCGCCUCUUCGCGCCAUCACCAAGCUUUACCCCCGCGUCUUCCGCGCUUUGGGACUCACCGAUGCGAGCUCUGGCCAGGAGCCUGGAAGCCAGUAUUAUAAUAUCGAGAUAUCCAGCAAGGCGCCCAAUAAGCCCGCACUUUACAGUGGGAUGGGCGCGGUUUGA